AUGAGCGUGGCACGCCCGGCGCAUAGCCUCCUGGGCAGGUGCUUUGCCUCGACCCGAUGCCGAGCUGGCCCGCCCACCGCGGCAUCAAUCGUGCCAUGCCAGCAAUUCCACAGCUCGGCGCCGUGCUCCAAACGGCGGUCACGGUUCCGAAACGUCAAGGCCGAGGAGAUGGGGCUGCUGAACCCCUCUGCGCUGUCCAAAUACCGCCAGGAAAAGUUCCCCGACUACACCAAGGAGGAGCUGGAGCUCCUGAAGCAAAAGUACACCCCCGAGCAGAUGGAGGCUCUUCGGGCCGGGGAGGAAGCCAUCGACCCGAACGACUUGAUUAUCCAGGGCCGCCUCCGCGACGACCCUUACCGGCCCAACUACAUCGAGGAUUUCACGGUGCUCGAUCCCAGGUACGACGUCAAACCAAAGGUCGACGUCACUCCCAAGGAGCCGGAGUGGCUGAACCACAGCGAGUGGGCGGACCGGUACGGCUCGAAAAUGUCACAGCUGACGGGUCAGAAGACGAGUCAUCAGCUCACGAGGGCCAUGGUCCGCGCCCUGAGGCGGGUCAAGGAGAGCAGCGGCGAGGAACUGAUAGACCUGACCGAGGACGAGCUCGACGAUCUUGAGAGCGACCCCGAACUGCUCAAGAAGUAUCUCGUGGACGAGGACGAGGGCGAGGGCGGGAAGCCGGAGCCGGAUGCUAACGCCUCGGGCCCGGACCUGUUGACGAGAGCGCAGGCCAUGAAGCUCGACGAGGCGGUCGAGGCAGAGUGGAAAAGGGAGCUGGACAAGCUGUCGUCGAUGACGGACGAGCGUGAGGUCGAGCCGAGCAACUUGGAGCUGCUGGCCGACGGUCCCGCUGGCGUCAACCGCGCCUACUCCGCCGAGGCCCCGGAGCUGGGCAAGGUGCCCGGCGUCGAGGGUCUGUACAAGUCGGCCGUGGAUCCCGAAGACGAGGGCCAGGACGACGGCGGCCACUACCAGGAGAUCAAGCGGCUCACGGGCAUGACGCUCAAGGACAUCCAGUCCAUCUACCGCAAGGUGCUCGUCACGCGAUGGGUCUCCAACCAGACCCGUCUAGGCAAAGUACGCAGCACGUCCGUCGUGGCCAUCGCGGGCAACGGCAACGGCCGCCUGGGUCUCGGCAUCGCCAAGUCGACGGAGCCAGGGCUGGCCGCCGAGACGGCUCAGCUGCUGGCCAUUCGCAACAUGAAGCCCAUCCGCCGCUACGAGAAGCGCACCAUUUUCGGCAACGUCAAGGCCAAAGUGUCCGGGACCGUGGUCGAGCUCUUCUCCCGCCCGCCAGGAUUCGGGCUCCGCGUCCCCCACCGUCUCUUUGAAAUGUGCCGCGCCGCGGGCAUCCACGACAUCCACGGGCGCAUGCCGCGGUCCAAGAACCCCAUGAACUCGGUCAAGGCGACGUACGAGGCGCUCACGAACCAGGUCGAUCCCGAGCUGAUUGCCAUGGGCAGGGGCAAGAAGAUGGUGGACGUACGAAAGGUGUACUACGGGGGUGCUGUAUACUAG